CUCAACCCCAGUCCCAGCCUUGCUUCACACCACCACCCUCCACUCUUGUCUCUCUCUGUCCCGUCUUCUCUACCGCUAGCUUCAAUGGUGCCGGAGCUGGUUCUUGGUGCACCUCCGACGCCGCCGCUGAGCGGGACUAGUGGCGAACAUGCCGGCGGCCAAGCACAGGCAGAUGCGGUGUCGUCCAUCGGCCAGGCUCGGGUCAUACACAUGCACAACUUGCUGCAGCACGGCAAUGGCGGAGGCGCUUCCAUGGCGGACCUGUGCUUGCUGGUUCAGAGGACCCUCCACUCAACAGCGCGGACCGAGAUUGCUACGCUGGAGAUCCGUCGUCAGAUCGCCGACCUUAGCGAGGUCGUCAAGGAUCUUGCGUUGCGUCUUCGCGGCCCUAGCGUGCACGACCUCAUCCGCGUCUUGAAUGCCCGACCAGAAGCCCGCCGGGCCAUCAAGUUGCCGAUCACCUGCUGGGCUGAGUUCGUGGAGGCAACAGAGGCUGUCUUGGCGGCGGAGGAGAGGCUUCGGUCGGGCUCGCCUUCGCCACCGGCGCCGCCGGUGGCGGAUCCUGCUCCGUCUUCCUCUCCGAAGCGCAAGGCCCCUGAGCAGCCGGCAGCUCCUUUUACUCUGGACGACUAGCUGAAGUGAAGAUCGCCCUGGCGCUUCGUGAUCCAGGCAUCCAUUUCCACGGUGGGAUGCCUUGCGCGUCGGCUUGUUUGUUGUGGCAACGUUGGACCUGCGUUUCAUUUUGGGUUUGCUCUGUACUACCAAGUAGUAGUCGCUUGAACUCGUGUUUGUUUCUGCUUCGGCAGCGUGCGGUGGUGAACGUUUCUUAAUGUUUGUUGGUCCAGAAAUUAAUCCUAAGACUACCUCUUGAUUAA